AUGGCUACAACUACUAGCAGUACACAAAUUCUCACCACUAAAAUUACGAUCCAGAAUGAUUUAAAAACUCAUCUCACUAUUGAGGAAAAAAUCUCUAGAAUAUUUCCGGGCAUUCGAGUUCACGCAGUUUCAUCGAAAUAUGAU